CAUUUUUUUCAAUCUCUCUCCCCUUCUCUCUCUCCAUCCACCUCACUCUCUCUCUCUUUUUUCUCUGCUCUCCUUUCUCAAAAAAGCCAUGACGGCGAUCCCGCGAUCCAUCCUCGCCUCCGCGCUAUCUUUCUAUUAUUUCUAAUUUAUUUUAUUAUUUUGGUUUUUUUUUUUACUCCGUCUCCUCCACCUCCUCUGGUAGAUGUCCAAGGCGUUGGAUGAAGAUCUUUUCUCUCUUUUUUCCCCCUCCUCCUCUCCUCUGUCACCCCGGCAUCUCCCCGAUGUGAUCCGCGCUGAACGCAGCCGCUGAACAGCCACCAUGUCUCGCCGCAAGCAAGGCAAACCGCAGCACCUGAGCAAACGGGAUUUCUCGCCAGCCGAGCCCCUCUCCACGGCCGUCGUCUCGUCGGAGGAGCUGUCGGAACGCUGCUCAGAGCACUCGGAGGACAGCGGCAGCCUCAACGGCCACCAUCCGGUCCCCACCGCGGGCCGGUUGGCCCGGCUGGGUCCGGACUCUCAUCCCUCGCCGGAGCAGGACCUCCUGACCUGCGGUCAGUGCCAGGCCACCUUCCCCCUGGCAGACAUCUUGCUCUUCAUCGAGCACAAGAGGAAGCGAUGCCACGGGCCUUCCUGCCUCGCCAUAGGCAGGGGGCUGGACAAACCCCCUUCGCCCUCCCCCGGUUUGGCCCUCACCCCUUCACCUGCUCUGAACUCUCUGCGUGGCCGCAGGCCGGUUGAAGUUGGGGUUCAGGCCACGCUAGCAGACGAAGACGACGAGAGGUUCUUGUCACCUCGGGGGAUUUGCCCAAAGCAGGAGCCCCUCCCAGGUAAACAGAGCAACAUGCAUCACCUUCAGCUCUACAUGAACACAGGCGCGGCAGGUUGCAGAAAAACAGGUAAGGAGGAGCCAACCACGUAUACCUGCACAACGUGUAAGCAGUCAUACGGCAGCGCCUGGUUCUUGCUGCAGCAUGCUCAGAACUCCCAUGGCUUUCGAAUCUACCUGGAAAGUGAACAUGGCAGUCCUCUCACCCCACGCAUGGGCGGACCUUCUUCCCUUGGUGGUGGUGCUGACUGCCCUUCUCAGCCUCCCCUUCAUGGCCUCCAUUUGCCACCUGAUGCAAGCCCUUUCAACCUCCUCCGCAUCCCUGGCUCGGGCUCAGGGGGAAGGGACAGCGUUGGAGCAGGAGGUGCCAUUGGCUCUGGUGUUCCUGGAGGCCAUCAUCAGCGUUUCCCCCCAACACCUCCUCUCUUCAGCCCCCCUCCGCGAAACCAUCUGGAUCCCCACCACCUGAGCCCAGAGGAGCUGGCGCUGGCAGCCCACCACCCGAGUGCCUUUGACAGGGUGCUGCGCCUUAAUCCUCCUCUGCCUCUAGACCCACCUCCGACAAUGGACUUCUCAAGGCGUCUACGGGAACUGGCGGGCAACACCUCAGGGUCUACUCCCCCGCUAUCACCCAGCCGGCCAAGCCCCAUGCAGCGCUUACUGCAGCCAUUCCAGACAGGAGGAAACGGAGGUGCAGGGGGUGCAGGGGGCAGCAAACCUCCAUAUCUUGCUACUCCACCACCACUACAAGGCUCAAUGCAGUCACCUGUGGGCUCACAAACCACUCCUCCAACCCCUCUCCCUACAGCAGGACCACCCUCUUCCUCCAACACCCAGUUGAAAUCAAAGUGUUGUGAGUUUUGUGGCAAAGCCUUUAAGUUCCAGAGUAAUUUAAUAGUGCAUCGGCGCAGCCACACAGGAGAGAAGCCGUACAAAUGUCACUUGUGUGAUCAUGCAUGCACACAAGCCAGCAAACUGAAACGACAUAUGAAGACGCACAUGCACAAAUCAUCCUCGCCAAACACGGGCAAGUCAGAAGAUGGUCUAUCAAUAGCCUCAUCCCCAGAGCCUGGCACUAGUGAGCAUAUAGGUAGUGCAAGCAAUGCACUUAAAUCAGUGGUGGCCAAGCUGAAAAGUGAAAAUAAUCGCAUGUUACGAGAAAAUGGGGAGGAGGAAGAAGAGGAAGAAGAGGAGGAAGAAGAAGAAGAGGAGGAGGAGGAAGAAGAAGAGGAGGAGGAAGAGGAGGGGGAAGAGGAGGAAGUACAGAAUGGGGAGAGGCCACCCAAGCGAAACAACAGCUAUCACUUUGGACUGAGCCUGGAAGCAGCACGGCAGCAUGAAAACAGCAGCAGUAUUGGAAGUCGACUGGGCGGAGUGGCUGAUGAGACGUCUAUCCCUCGUUCACUGCCAGAGGUCAUGCAGGGAAUGGGUCUGGCCGCCAGCAUGCAGCAUUUCAGUGAAGCCCUCAACGCACACAAACGCAACGCCAUGGCCCAGGAGAACCACCUGCACCACCAUCUCAGCAGAGACCAUCACCACAGUCGGGACAUGUGCGAUGGAGACUCUAUCUUGGAAACAGAACGCGUAGAGGAAGGCACUGUUUCUGCAGUAAAUGGACGAGGAGUGUCUCCUAAUGAAUCUUCUUCAAUUGGCCUCUCAAAGAAACUGCUUCUGGGUAGCCCCAGUCCACUUAGUCCCUUCUCAAAACGUAUUAAACUGGAGAAAGAAUUUGACCUGCCUACCCCCACAAUCCCUAAUACAGAAAACGUCUACUCCCAAUGGUUGGCUGGCUAUGCUGCCUCUCGACAACUCAAGGACCCCUUUCUCAACUUUGGGGAUUCCAGACAAUCGCCUUUUGCAUCAUCAUCUGAGCACUCUUCAGAGAAUGGCAGCCUGCGUUUCUCGACCCCUCCAGGAGAACUGGAUGGGGGAAUGUCAGGUCGCAGUGGGACAGGCAGCGGGGGCAGCACGCCCCACCUUGGGGGUCCUGGGAGACCCAGUUCCAAGGAUGGACGCAGGAGUGACACUUGUGAGUACUGUGGAAAGGUUUUCAAGAACUGCAGUAACCUGACAGUACACCGGCGCAGCCACACAGGAGAGAGACCCUACAAGUGUGAGCUGUGCAAUUACGCGUGUGCCCAGAGCUCCAAACUUACUCGCCACAUGAAGACCCAUGGUCAGGUGGGCAAAGAUGUGUACAAGUGUGAAAUUUGUCAAAUGCCCUUCAGUGUUUACAGCACCUUGGAGAAACACAUGAAAAAAUGGCACAGUGACCGUCCCUUGAGUACCGAAAUAAAGUCAGAGUAGAAGGCAGAACAAUGAGACCUUUUCCUUUGCAACUGGGUCGCCAACAGUCAAGUGUUUAUUCCUAGCCCCCUUGUAGAUUUUCCCCAAUCCCAAACCUCCCCUUUCACCAACCUGGUGGAAGCCUAAGACCAUGUGCUCUGCACCAGCACACCUUGUUUCCAUUACCCAUCGAAUGCAUGAUCUGUAUUGGGGCAAUACUCUUGCAUUGACGCAAAACUUCGAGCCUUUCUCUUGUGCAAUAAUUUACAUGUUGUGUACUAUUUCCUUUUAUUGAGUUUUCUUUUUUUCCCCCAUUUUUAAGAAUUAGUCAGCAUGCAUAGUAUGUUUUUUGCUAAUCAAAAAAGAAAAGAAAAAAAGAAAAGAAUUUGUCCCUGGUUGGUUAGUUGUUGAGUAAAUGUGUUGCUGUUUUUCUCUCAUUCAGUUAUUUUCUUUUUAUUCUUUAAAAAGAAAAAAAGAGAAGAAAGAUACAUCCAUGCUGCGUACAUUCUGUAACACAUAUCAUGUACAGCUUUGUUUUGUAACAUGGAAAGUGAACAGUCUUUUUACUUGACCCUCUUUUUACUACCCUGGAAAUGCACUUAUCCUGAUCUUUCUAAAAGAUGCCAUGUUCACACAGGGUUUAAAAGAAGAAAAGAAAAUCAUGUUAUCUGGCUUGACUACUAAACUGAAAGUGAUGACAGGCCUCAAAUUUCUUUCAAAAAGACAAAAAAGUGUGUUAAGAACUCAAUUUGUACUAUCAUUUGGAGGAUUAAGGAAGAGUGCCUUUGAUAUUUCAAAACUGCAUUGGCCAUAAUUUUAUCUGGUUUAAGUUUGGGGUCACACAGACGAAGCUGAAAGAGUUAACGCAGAAAAAGGUCCUUGCAUCAAGCACCUGAAGACUCAAAUGGACAACUCAUGAUGAAAGAUCAAAAUCAUCAUUUAGCUACCUUUAACAUGUUUAAUAGGCUAUCUAUAAUUGGAAAUUUUAUGACAAGCAUGGUACAAGCAGUAUUGUGUAUAUCUGAAUUACUUGUAGAUUUGUUUUUGGUAUGGUGGAGCUUUUGAGAGAAAGGUAAUCUAUGAUGAAAUGUACAAUCCUGAACUUGAGGGAUGAGGCGCAGAGUGUCACAUGUCUGCGUUAGCACAAACCUACAAUGCUGCUUCAGCAUGUCAGUGUGUGGAACAAUGCAUAAAGUAAUAUGUGAGCUCAAAUUUAAGCUAACUUUACUUAAGAGCAGUGAAAAAAAAAAUACAAGGUAGACAGAAAGAAAGCAAAACAGAACUGGAAACAACGUAUGCUUUAUGGUAUACACGGCAAUGUUUUUCACUUUACAACUCCAAACACGGCCAUCAGCAGAGAAAGAGACACUUGCAAAAACAUAUAUCUGUGUUUUAGGGCUUUUGAAAAAUCUUUUAAUGCUAACCAAUAUGCAUACAUUGGCUCUUAAAACUGUCCACAGCUUUGUGGAAAUGUCAGGUUUUUGUGAUUUAAAAAAUAAUAUUACAAAUCAAUUUAACAUGUUUUCCACACUCAAAAUGAAAUUAUUCCUCCACAAUUCAACUAAAAAAAACCCCAAAACAGAUCUUCUAGAAUAAGGAAAAAGUGAAAUCUGGACAUGUACAUCCCUGAACUAAUGCUUCAAUGAAGCAUAAUUUGAUUACAUUUCAACAUUCACUCUUUGGUUGGAGCCUAAAAGUGUCCUACAUCUUCACUUGUCAAUAUUUGCAGACUUCUGCAUUAAAGAUGGAAAAAUAUUUGAAAAAUUGUAUUUCACAAUGGCGGUAAUCACAAAAACCUGCUGUUUUAACAUUGGUGUGUACACUUUUGCGAGUCAUUGUAGGUUAACACAGGGCGCGUUAUAUUUCAUUUUGGUUCGCUUUCUAUUGAUUUUAAACCCAUAAGAGGCUUUUGUUUAUUCAGUUUCAUUCAUGCUGUUCGAUGUAAAGCACUACGUGUGCAUUGUCCCACAUCCAUGCAGAGAUGGUACAUGGACUGAGUCUACAAGCUGGAUUUGUUUGACAUGAAGUGCACUGUUUUUAGUUUUCCCAGUUUACAAGUUUACGCUGAAGGGGAAAAUCUUUGUAAUGCUGUCAGAUGAUGAGGAUCCCUUUGUUGCGAGCAGUAAAAAAAAAGGCGCACAAAAUCUUUUUGCAAGCAGCUUCAUCACCCCUGACCUCUGUAUCCCCGCCAUUUCACCCUUGACCGUUUGUUAACCCUGGAAACCCAAGAGCACACUCUCCUCCCAACUAACCACUGCUCCCACAUAGUAGCAAACUAAAUGCACUUCUCCUGGCUUUAUUAACAACCACUUUUUUUAAAAAUAAGUUGUGAUUUAUCAUCAUCUGAGCAAGUUGCUGCCUGGAAAACAGACACUCCGAUCUUGUUGCUCACACCAUUAGACUCUGUUUUUGUAGAACUUCUCCUUUAAACACGGGCAUAAAUAGAACAUUUUUUCACAAACAGAGCUAUGCUAUGUUUUAGUGGGAAAUGUUUUACGUUUUGUUACUGCAUCUCAAUGGCAUCCAAUACUCCCGUCACAGUAUAUAUGAGGUGAAACAUUUCAGAAACGUUAGAAAAAAAAACAACAAUUUUUUUGCUGAUUUUUUUUUGUUUCAUUUUGCUUUUCUUUUUUUUUUGCCUUGGUUCUUUACGGCUCUUCAGGUUGAAAUACAAUUUGCAUUGGGGAAAGGAUUAAGAUUAUAUAUGAAUAUAUAAUAAAGAACUUAAAAUAUAGGAAAAUGCACAGUCAUGUCAGUUCCUAUACUUAAACACAUUUAUGGUCUACUUUUUCUGUAUUUCUAGAAUUGUAUUUGAAUUCAAUGUUCACUUAGAGUAGGCACUAUAGUAUUUAUAUUGAGGCUCGUAUUUUUAACUGUUGCUUGUUCUCUCUAAAGGUAUUUGCCAUACCUGUUUUGGUAGUGGAAAAAAACCCAAGCUGCCACGGUAUAUUUUUUUAAUUUGGCAGGAUAAUAUAGUGCGAAUUAUUUGUAUGUCUAAAGAAAUAAAAUAAAACGAUAAAAAAAAGAACAUCCCAUAAAAAAGCAGCUAAAAUGUGUGGCAUUGGGAGGCGUCGCAGGCCAUCAGAUGGCUGCUGCUUUGGUUCCUGCUGUCCAUAGAGGUGUUUGUACAUAUCUUCUUUGUUUUUGUUUUUUUUUAAUUCGCACUUCUUUCUCCUCCCUCUGCUGCCAUUCCUGUAUGCAGUACUGAAAGCUGACGUUGACCUGUUCUGUUGUGUGCUUUUGUCUCCCUCACCUCUCCCACCUGACAACAUUCCAACAUCAAGAAGAGAGGAGGAAAAAAAAUCUAAAGAUAAAAAAAAUUAAUAUGCAGUACAUGGAUUACUUAAAAAAAAAAAAGUUAGAAUAAAUACAUUUAAAAAGAAAUAAAAUGUUUUUGCAUUUUCUUUUCCAUUGCCAAAUACUAAAUGGUGCUUUAUAUUUAGAUUGGGUGAAUAUACUUUCAUAUGCAAAGCAUAUUUAAAAAUGACCAGGGGGAUGUGGAGAAGCCUGCUUGAGUUGAGACUUUUUUUGUAAAUGGCAAUGCGGAAUAUUUUGUUAUCAGCCUUUUCUAUUCCUGUUCUGAGAGCUGUUUGUUGUAACUUGAACAUGAACUUUAUCUUUUACAAUGGGAGCUACUAUUUAUUAUUACCUAUAUGCUCUGUUCUGAACAGAGACAUGGAAUGGAGUCAUAUAUUUUUGGUUUGUUUUUAUUUUAUUCUUUUGUUUUGGUUAUACUAUAAUUUUAUUUUGUUUUCUUUUCUAAUGGUGGCCAGUGGUCAUUGGACAAAACAAGCUCUAUGAUUUCUGUUGUACCUGUUUGGGAUCUCUGUUCAGUUGUAUUGGGAAUACCACUGUCUGUGUUUUCUGGCAGAUGUCUGCAUAAUCCUGUUCACACGCCCAUUUUGUCCCUUUAUUGAAAAAUGAUUAAUAAAAAAAGAUGAAAGUGUAA